GGCCCCGCUGGACUGAUUCAAUUGCAGCAAUAGGGUGACGGGUUAUUCCUGUUACUAACAAAAACCGCUUAAAAAGCCGGGUCUAGUUUCGAAAUCGAAUAAUCAUGAUGGUCCCCAGGUCCUUUUUCUACUCGCGUAGACAACCAGGACCCCCAACCACUACUACCACCAAACCGAUUGCGACAUCUAAGUUGCCCUCAGCUAAGAGAAAGGAUGAUCUAUCGACGAAGAAGGACGUUGCCUCUCCCACCAAACCUACAAACGUUAGAACGCCUCCAAAAGAGCGACCUAUGGGUAAGCGGAAGGGUUUACAGUCAGAAGGGCUGUCUCCACCAAGCGGCAGCCCGCCAAGUACUACCAUGACGAACGCUGUCGCACGACCAAAUACUCGUUCGAGCGCCGUACAGAUCCCCAUUAAAUCAAAACAAGAUGCCGCGCAUAUGCACCGACCGCGACCUCAUCCUCACGCGCACCGAAAACACUCCUCCCCAAGACGAAACCUAAAAGAUGCGCAUUCACCCGAUACCAUUCCUCCGUCAGUGGCUGCAUUACUCGCCAUCACCAGCAUUCCCCCGCCCAAUCGGCGUGGAAGCUCACGGCAAGGGCAGUCAAGGGACUCAUCUAGAGAUUCGCGGAUGACGGUAGAUUCUAUCGUGCCUCGAUCACAAGUGUCCGAAAAAGAUUUAAGUCAGGAAUUGAGCGAAGAGUUUGCUCGAGAUUUGAGCGAUAUAAGCAUUACAUCCUAUGAUCGCAGCCCGAUGGACGUAUUGCUUAGCCCGCCGGAUGAACUCGACGAAGAUGAUGAGUCUAUGACUAGCGAUAGUGCGUUUACGUCGCUUCUAUCAACCCGUGCGGCGUCGUUUGAGAGUGUGCCUUCUCUGGGUGACUCAUUAGGGACCAGUUUCGUUACAUCUAUCGACUCACCUGUUACGCCCCGCGGUAGGAGGAUACGGCCACCGAGGCGUUCACUAGAACCUGUUUCAUCACCACCUGGUGAACGUCCAGACCAUCCACUUUCUAGCAAGAGCAGUCUGGAGGUUGACCAACUAGAUUUUCGGGUAUUCAAUCAGAAACCUGGCCCAGCAGAGCAAAAACAGACUGGCCUAACACCUCUCAAGUCCGUUUUCAAGUCAAAUCUGACCGCAUCACUUCGUGCAUUGCGUUUGGCUGCUCGAUCAAUAUCUAGCUUUACUGCUUCAUCGAUACCACCCGAUGAUUUUCUUACUAGGUCUAUACUUACAAUUGACCCACGGGUCCCAUUUACCGAUGAGAGGAUGCCUCCUGUCUUGGGAGAGGAGCCUAGCGAAGCAAUGCGUCGUUACUUGAAUCCUACUACGAGUCUACGUCCAGAAUCACGUGUUCGACCACCAAUUCGCAGCUACACAGCCUCUAUUCAGAUGCAAACCUACAAAAUCCAGCGAUCAAGGAGCGCACCAGCAGCAAGUCGUUCGUCUAAUCAAUCUAGUAAUUCUAACAAACCUCCGACCGCAUACGUCUUUCCACCGGGUCCCCGGCAACGAGAGAUACGUGAAAAUUCGGACUUUAUUCGCAUUGCUGUUUUAGAGCAUCUAAUGCGCAAACGUGGCAAAUUAGACGAUCAACGGGAAGGGCACGCACGUUGGCUACUACCGCCAAGAAAGUCCACAAACAAACCCUACGAGAUUGGUACAGAUGGAAUUCCCGCUCGAUGGGUUGCAAUUUCCCAGGACGUCAUGUGAACCCAAGGGGAAGGUGUUCAUUCACAGGCUUAGCGGUGUGCAGUCAUUACAGACACAUUGCUCGGCUACAUGGUGAUCAACAAGACCACAUAAUCUAUGACUACACUCAGAGGGCCUCGUGGAGACAGUUGCGAAGCGAUGGUAAAAUUUCAGGCACACAAGUUAUCCAACGGAGGGACGAAUUCAACAAGCGAAAAACCGUGGAUCAUAGGCCGUGUCCCACCCGCUACGUCAACGGCGAUUCCCGAUAGACUUAGGCUUAGCUUUGGCUUCAACGAAUCCUAGUCGCCCUAUUACUCCAUCAUGCCGACAUCGCCAAUCAAAUUAGACCCACA